UAGCAGGACUAAGUACUGAUUUUGCCCCAGAUCCCUAAGCGGCCCCCCUCAAGGGCUGAAUUGACAACCCUGGGUUUAGCAGUCCAAUGUGCAAACCACUGAGCUAGCCCUCCCCCCUACAAAUUUGGUAAUACCCACUGAGCAUCUUAUCAGGCCAUUGCAUCAGGGAGGGCACUCCAUCACCCACCCUUAGGUGCCAGAGAGCUUCCCCUCCCAUCCCCCAACUCAGUACCCCACCGCACUGCCCUGGGUAUUGCGGUCAGAGAGAGAAAGCCGCGGGGAAGCCCCGCCCUUUGCCUCUCCUCGUUGUGUUAUUGGACCGUGCACCUGUCACUCAGGCUAUCUAGUCACUGCAGCCCCCAGCAUGGGGCGGUACGUUUCCCAGCAAGCCCCGCGGGCUGGUCCGCUGGCAGAAGCGGGUAUUUGCGAGGCGGCGCGGGGCGCUGCGCUCAGACAGAGCCAUUGGCGCGGAGCGCGCGCCUGGUGAUGCUCAGGGCCUCGUUUCCGAGCCGCUCACCUCUUGCGGCGGCUUCAUGGAGCCGCUGGAGCCGGCGCGGAGCGGCGCUGCCGCCGCCGUGUCCCCGGCAGCGCUGGGGACGCUGAAGCAGCGGGCGGCUGAGUGCAUCGAGCUGAGCGCCGGGCGGCUGAGCGCCCUGAGCCGGGAGAUCUGGAGCCGCCCCGAGCUGGCCUACGAAGAGCACCAGGCGCACGGCGCCCUGACCCGCUUCUUCUCCUGCGCCGAGCUGCCGGGGGCCGCCUGGGCCGUGCAGCCGCACUACAAGCUGGACACGGCCUUCCGGGCCGAGUGGGGCCCCGCCGCCCCGGCCCCGGCCCCGCGGCCGCUGCACGUGGGCUUCCUGUGCGAGUACGAUGCGCUGCCCGGGAUCGGACACGCCUGCGGCCAUAACCUCAUCGCCGAGGUGGGGGCGGCCGCGGCCCUGGGCGUGAAGGGCGCCCUGGAGAGUCUGCCCCAGCCGCUCCCGGCCGCGGUGAAGAUCACAGUGCUGGGAACUCCUGCAGAAGAAGGUGGAGGUGGCAAAAUAGAUCUCAUAGCAGCUGGUGCUUUUGAUGAUCUGGAUGUUGUUUUUAUGGCCCAUCCAGCACAAAGUGAUGCAGCUUAUUUACCCGAUAUGGCUGAGCAUGAUGUGACUGUGAAAUACUAUGGAAAAGCUUCUCAUGCGGCUGCUUAUCCUUGGGAAGGAGUAAAUGCAUUAGACGCUGCUGUUCUUGCAUACAACAAUAUAUCAGUUUUAAGACAGCAAAUGAAACCAACCUGGAGAGUUCAUGGCAUAAUAAAAAAUGGUGGCGUGAAACCUAAUAUCAUCCCUUCUUACACUGAGCUAGAGUUUUACUUGCGUGCCCCUUCACAGAAGGACCUCACCAUUCUGACAGAGAGAGCUGAAAAUUGCUUCAAAUCUGCAGCUGUGGCCACAGAAUGCAAAGUGGAAAUCAAAGGUGGAAGGCAUGACUACUACAAUGUGCUUCGGAACAAGAGCCUGGAGAAUUCUUUAAUAGAGAAUGGAAAAGAGCUUGGAAUGGAAUUCCUUGCAGAUGAGUCUUGUUUGAAUGGUCCAUCAGGUUCCACUGACUUUGGGAAUGUUACAUAUGUGGUUCCUGGGAUUCAUCCCUAUUUUUACAUUGGCUCAGAUGCAUUGAACCACACCGAGCCAUACACUACAGCUUCAGGGUCUCAAGAAGCACAGUUCUACACUCUACGUGCAGCAAAAGCUUUGGCAAUGACUGCACUAGAUGUUAUCUUCAAGCCAGAUCUGUUGGAAAAAGUCAGAGAAGACUUCAGACAAACGACUCUAAAAGAGAGAGGCCACUUAAAUGUAACAGAACAAGGCAAAGAAUCUGGCACAGCGGCAGCGUGUGCAACACGUUAACAAAACUAAAACCUAAAUACUUCCACGUUAACGGAAUAAAUGUUCUACUUGAAUUCUAAAAGAGGCAGGACAGGUUUCUUAGCAGGAGGAAGGUUGACUUGAUUUUUUUUUUUAAAGGGAUGUUGGGAAACCAAAUUGUCUUAUUACUUUCAAAAAAAAUUUCCUCUUAAAAUAA